GGCAGUAUUAGGCGAGGUAACUUUCAGCAUAUAUAAGUUGCUAAUCCUUACUGUGGGGUUUGUAUGAUACAUUACGAAGUUGGUAAAGUAACCAGCCACACUCUCACCCCACUGCAGCUAGGAACGCACAGGUCACCACAGGUGGCUUGCCAAUUCGAUGCAGCUGGUGAGCGACUGCAAACCACACCUGCGACCGAUCCACGAAGUUCCGGGCAAGUCGAGAGCUCAACCCCGGCGCCGAAAUCACACUCCCUCGACCGAGCACGAAGCAGUCAGAGGAGGAACUGAGCUCCCUCUCCUCAGCGACCACGAGCGGAAACGCCCUCCUGCACUCACAAUCCUGCCGAGCGAUUUCAACUCGACUCGCCCCAAGACGAGGCAAGACUAGACGAGACGAGAUACAACAACCAAACAAAAUGGUCAACAGAAUUCUCUUCUGGACAGGCUUCGGUACUUCCAACCCCUCCCUGCUCCCCACACUUGACAUCAACCCACCAGCACCACUACUUUAGACAUACCAAGGUUAACUCCCUCACUCCCAGGCCUCAUCGUCCGCUUCUGGCAGCUGGGCAUCGAGAUGCGGCCCUUUUUU